AUGGCCUCAACAUCGACCCUUCCCCCAUCUCGCACCGCACCUUCCACCUCCCGCCCUGCUACAACAACUUCCAUCACCUCCCCUACCGAACUAGUCGCAGCAUGGAAGAAGGAAGGUCUCUUCGACGCGCUGAGGAAACAACUCAUCCAUGACUUUUCCCAGUCGGUGCGUUGGAGGCGAUGCUUGAACGCGGUCACGCGACUUGGCCUCUCCACGGAAUCGGGAUGGCUGGAAAGUUCCACGCUGAUGAACAAUUGGGGCUGAUGACGACAGGAUGAUAAGGAUAGCUUUCUCAUACAAUUGGACGACAAGUUGGCGCAACUCGUCGCGGAUCCGUCGUUCGCUCGACUGAACAAGAAGGAUCGCUCCUUGCACCUCUACAACUCGACAGAGGGACAAUCCCAACUACUACAACAAGUGCGUCGUUCAGCUCAAGAUGUACGAGGAAUAAUUCAUUAUAGUUGUGCUCACUCGCACGAGUUGAAUGUGCACAGACAUCCGCAGCGACGGAUCGACGACUUCGAGCGAAGCAAGCCGGCCAGUCCGAGUCGAGUUUGGAGCAAAUUGAAAAAGGGCUGCGGGCGACGUUGAACAGCUUGAGAGGGAAAACACAGGUCGUCGAGGACGUGUCCAAAAAACCACCAAAUGACAAGAUGGAUGUAGAAGAAGGGCCCAAUGGAGCGCCGGUGGUCGAAGAAGUCAGAAAGGGUGAGCAGUUUCUCUCCUUGGGAAAGAGCAACCCAGAGCUGACGCGGGAAGGGUAAAUAUGCUUGAACUUUGUAAAGCUUCGACGAAUGGCUUGAUGUCCACUCCGAUAGACACAAUAGCCGACACCAAGAUAUCUGAACCCUCCGACGGGUCGCCGAGGACAGCGGAUCCAUGA